ACAGGUAAUCUCACAUUCUUCUCAUCAUCUCAUUUCUUUCUCACCGGAUCAGAGGCGGGGCUCUAGAUCCCAAGGCGGCGGCUUGUGGCAGUGGUUUUUUGAUGAAGUGGUGGCACAAAAUGAUGGCUCCUAUGCAAAAAAUUUGGAUCGUUGUUGCCAAGCGUAUUGGGGUUCGCAAAACCGGGCUUGUGAAGCUUCGCCAAGAUGUCAGGACUUGCGAGUAUGACGAUGUGCAUGUGUUGUGGGAUAUGCUGAAGAGAAACGAAACAGAGCUCGCUAGUCCUCCAAGGACAAAAAAGAGACACUUCUGGAACAUUUACAAUUGGGCAACGUGUGCUCCAUAUCUUCGCCGCAGCUUUUGAUCCAUGCUUGAUCUACUUGCCCUCAGUCACGAGUUUAAAAACUCCAUUCUCUCUGUCAAAGGGUAUUGGUAUGCCAAUCGGUCGCUAAGAUUACAAUAGAGGGGCUCCUAUACGAGUUAAUUCCUUCUUAUAUGAUAUGAAAUUCACUAUCUGUAAACUCUUGAUAUUUAUCCAAUGGAUGCUCUCUAAGAGUUUCCUUAUUAUAUUUAAUGUUAUCAGCAUUGGAGUUCUUCAUGUUGUCAUUGUGAGUUUGGUCUGCAGUUUGAGAAUUAUCCAUGGAGUAUUUUGUUGAGAUU